GCGAGGAGCCGCCGCCGCCGCCGCUCGGGGUCGCCUGGAGCCCCAGAUUCCUGAGCGCUUGGCUCGUAUGGCAGCCGCUUCGGCGCCCGGCCCCGCGGCCAGCUAGGGGCGGCCCCGCGCUCCCCCACAGCCCCUCGGCGGCGCCCGUCGGAUCCCGCCUCGCUCUGCGCCCCGGGGCGCGGCACCUCCCCGCCGGAGGUGUUCACGCGUCCGGCCGUCCAUCCGUCCGUCCCCCCUGGUGCCGGCGCUGACCAUGCCCAGCGGCUGCCGCUGCCUGCAUCUUGUGUGCCUGUUGUGCAUUCUGGGGGCUCCCGGUCAGCCUGUCCGAGCCGAUGACUGCAGCUCCCACUGUGACCUGGCCCACGGCUGCUGUGCACCUGACGGCUCCUGCAGGUGUGACCCGGGCUGGGAGGGGCUGCACUGUGAGCGCUGUGUGAGGAUGCCUGGCUGCCAGCAUGGUACCUGCCACCAGCCAUGGCAGUGCAUCUGCCACAGUGGCUGGGCAGGCAAGUUCUGUGACAAAGAUGAACAUAUCUGUACCACGCAGUCCCCCUGCCAGAAUGGAGGCCAGUGCAUGUAUGACGGGGGCGGUGAGUACCAUUGUGUGUGCCUACCAGGCUUCCAUGGGCGUGACUGCGAGCGCAAGGCUGGACCCUGUGAACAGGCAGGCUCCCCAUGCCGCAAUGGCGGGCAGUGCCAGGAUGACCAGGGCUUUGCCCUCAACUUCACAUGCCGCUGCUUGGUGGGCUUUGUGGGUGCCCGCUGUGAGGUGAACGUGGAUGACUGCCUGAUGCGGCCUUGUGCUAAUGGUGCCACCUGUCUUGAUGGCAUAAACCGCUUCUCCUGCCUCUGUCCUGAGGGCUUUGCUGGACGCUUCUGCACCAUCAACCUGGAUGACUGUGCCAGCCGCCCAUGCCAGAGAGGGGCCCGCUGUCGGGACCGUGUCCAUGACUUCGACUGUCUCUGCCCCAGUGGCUAUGGUGGCAAGACUUGUGAGCUUGUCUUACCUGUCCCACACCCCCCAACCACAGUGGACACCCCUCUAGGGCCCACCUCAGCUGUGGUGGUACCUGCCACGGGGCCAGCCCCCCACAGCGCAGGGGCUGGUCUGCUGCGGAUCUCAGUGAAGGAGGUGGUGCGGAGGCAAGAGGCUGGGCUAGGUGAGCCUAGCUUGGUAGCCCUGGUGGUGUUUGGGGCCCUCACUGCUGCCCUGGUUCUGGCUACUGUGUUGCUGACCCUGAGGGCCUGGCGCCGGGGUGUCUGCCCCCCUGGACCCUGUUGCUACCCUGCCCCACACUAUGCUCCAGCAUGCCAGGACCAGGAGUGUCAGGUUAGCAUGCUGCCGGCAGGGCUCCCCCUGCCACCUGACUUGCCCCCUGAGCCUGGAAAGACCACAGCACUGUGAUGGAGGUGGGGGCUUUCCGGCCCCCUUCCUCACCUCUUCCACCCCUCAGACUGGAGUGGUCCUUUCUCACCACCCUUCAGCUUGGGUACACACACAGAGGAGACCUCAGCCUCACACCAGAAAUACUAUUUUUUUAAUACACAGAAUGUAAGAUGGGAUUUUAUCAAAUAAAACUAUGAAAAUGCAA